UUCCUGUCGUUCACACGAGUUUGCUAAACGCGUAAGCUCACCACCGCAUCUGCGCAUCGUCCACACGAAGAGACUGCAAACACUCCCCCAGCUGUGUGUAGGAUACACUGUUGAAGAACCGGAGCGUUUUAUAAUCGCUUUCUUAUCGCAUUCUUUGGAGAAUACAAAAAACUUAAAACUUUCUUGUCGGUUUGCUUUAUCGUGAGCUCAAUUGCGCGCGCAUUUCUUUACCGCUUUAACCAAGUUGAGCUCGUGACCGUAAGCUCAGUCUGACGCCAUAGUUACCGAGAACACACUCCUAUGUGCCGUUUCUGUUAAGCGUAACGAUACUGUUGAACUGUCCGCUGCACGCGUUCUCUUCCUAUGUGGGGUGGACCUCGCUGUGCGCGUGAAGUUCAUUCCCCGAGCCUUCCGGCCGAGGCGCGCACUCGCCUUUUCCUCUCGCUCUCAGGCAGCAGCAGCAGCGCGCGGCUCUUUCACUCCUGUGCGUCCCCUGUGAGUCUCCCACGGACAGCGUUUUCGCUUCAUCCACCUCCGUCCCCGAGCGCCCCGACUCGAGGAUUCUCCGGAGUGAAUUCUUUUGGUCAGCGGCGAUGGUGAUUGACAGAUGAUCUGACAGAGGAAGACAUCAGACGCCGUCUCCGUGCUGGUUAUCAUGGGGUGUGCCUGUUGCAAGCAGAAGAAGUCUGCCAAAGAAGCAGCAGCAGCAGACAUAGCGGAUCUGUCUCCUAGCAACGCAGGUGGGAGCUCCGUGGCCUUGAAUCAGGGCCGAUACUGUCCCGACCCGACUCAGACCAUCCCGGACUUCAACAAGGGCUUCUUGUCCAACAGCGCAUUCCCCAACACCAAAAUCAACCCGCGAUCAGGAGCCAUAACAGGUGGUGGAGUAACUCUCUUUAUAGCGCUGUACGACUAUGACGCCCGCACUGAGGACGACCUCACUUUCCAGAAAGGAGAAAAAUUCCAAAUUAUUAACAACACAGAGGGCGACUGGUGGGAAGCUCGCUCUCUGGACACCGGACAUUCGGGUUACAUCCCCUCCAACUACGUAGCUCCAGUGGACUCCAUACAAGCCGAGGAGUGGUAUUUUGGGAAGAUGGGAAGGAAGGAUGCGGAGAGACAGCUGCUGGGUCACGGCAACCCAAGGGGAACUUUCCUCAUUCGAGAGAGCGAGACCACCAAGGGUGCUUACUCUCUUUCCAUCCGUGACUGGGACGACAACAAGGGAGACCAUGUGAAGCAUUACAAGAUUCGUAAGCUAGACAAUGGCGGCUACUACAUCACCACCAGAUCACAGUUUGAUACCGUGCAGCAGCUGGUCGUGCACUACCAAGAGAGAGCAGCGGGACUGUGCUGCCGUUUGAUUGGCAGCUGUAAGCGGGGCAUGCCUAAGCUGGCCGACUUAUCAGUGAAGACCAAGGAUAUGUGGGAGAUUCCCCGCGAAUCUCUCCAGCUGAUUAAGAAACUGGGCAACGGCCAGUUCGGAGAAGUCUGGAUGGGGUCUAAUGACGGGCUGUGUUAUUACCUGACAAAGGCCUGUCCCAACUCCACCCCGCUCACCAUGGGUCUCGGGCGGGAUGCCUGGGAGGUACCGAGGGACACGCUGUCCCUGCAACGGAAGCUGGGGCAGGGCUGCUUUGGGGACGUGUGGAUGGGCAUGUGGAAUGGCACCACCAAGGUAGCGGUGAAGACUCUGAAGCCAGGAACCAUGUCCCCCGAGGCCUUCUUGGAGGAGGCUCAGAUCAUGAAGAGACUCCGUCAUGACAAGCUGGUGCAGCUCUACGCCGUUGUGUCUGAGGAGCCCAUUUACAUUAUCACUGAGUUCAUGAGCCAAGGAAGUUUGCUGGACUUCUUGAAAGAUGGAGAGGGGCAGAGUUUGAAGCUGCCUCAGCUGGUCGACAUGGCUGCACAGAUUGCAGCUGGAAUGGCAUACAUCGAAAGGAUGAACUACAUCCAUCGUGACCUGCGAGCAGCCAACAUCCUCGUUGGAGACAACCUGGUGUGCAAGAUCGCCGACUUCGGCCUGGCUAGACUCAUCGAGGACAACGAGUACACAGCCAGACAAGGGGCGAAGUUCCCCAUCAAGUGGACGGCUCCAGAAGCUGCGCUAUAUGGACGCUUUACUAUCAAGUCAGAUGUCUGGAGCUUUGGCAUCCUACUAACCGAACUCAUCACUAAGGGACGUGUGCCAUAUCCAGGAAUGAACAACCGCGAAGUGCUGGAGCAGGUGGAGCGGGGCUACCGGAUGCCUUGUGCCCCGGGCUGCCCCACCUCGCUCCAUGAACUGAUGGUGCAGUGCUGGAGGCGGGAGCCUGAUGAGAGGCAUACCUUUGAGUACCUGCAGUCCUUCCUGGAGGAUUACUUCACCGCCACAGAGCCACAGUACCAGCCCGGAGAAAACCUGUGACCGGCACACGUGUAGGGCAGGCGUGACAGCAAUAAAUGGACGCGGACAGACGCGGACACGUGCAUACAAAUACACUGACGGGCACGCUGUAGUACUCAUACUCAUGCUCUCAGGGUAUUUGACGUGCAUGUACCAUACAGGACACACACAUGCACACACACAUAUAAAAAAAAUCCAUAUUAUUACUUUGUUGUAACUGUUUAAAGACAGUUUCCCCUCUUCUGUCUUUGUUCACUGCAGUCUGUUCAGGACAGAUCAGUUAGGCGUGUUGACGAGUCGGAGCUCUUCUGGUCAGGCCUUGCAGUAAUGUUGCUUCACUGUGUAACCAUGACAACAAGGAACUGAAAGAAGAUGUAGAUGGCUGUGUUGGGGUUGGGGGGGUGGGGGAGUCGAGUGGAUACAUGAUCUGUUCAGCUGCCAUAUACGUUCAGGUCCUUUGAUUUCUCUUUUUUUGAGGAGCUAGAUUUUACUUUUCGCCUGAGAUAAAUAUGUUGUAAGGGUAAGAACCGCAGGUGCAACAGGUGAUUAUCACGCAUUGCUUUAAACAGUCUCCAAAAGCAGUCGAAAAUGAACCUCGUGCGGUCACUGAAUAGAUUAUGUACAUUGUGUACUAGGUUCUGUGUUAACUGAACAGAGAUCAGUUUUUAUCUCUUCCUGAUAAAAAGAGCUGCUGAACUGAUAUCAGAGUCACGCCUGUCUCCUGCUUUCCACCUUAUCGCCAACGUGUGCCUUUAAACUGGUCAAAUGAAUGACUGUAUUCAAAUAAUUACCUUUAAAACUGUGCUAUGAAACUUUGAGGGAUGGUCAGGAAUGCGCUUUAUUUGUCUGAUAUUUUGUAUGGCAAUUUUGUAUGGAUUGUCUCUUUUGUUUGUUUUAAUUUAACUCGAAUAUAUCUGUGCAUCACAAAGAUUUCUAUAUCUAGUUAACAUGUAUACAAUUUUCAUCCUUUUGGGAGGGCAGGGCAAUAUGGUAUCCAUAACAGGGGAAAAAAAUAUAUCAGAGGACUGUGGAAGGAUGGUGUCUGAAAUGAAUGUAAGCUUCAUGAUGAGAUUCCCCUGUCAUGUUGUUGUAAUAAAGAUCAGAUAUCUUUUUUUCGAACA